UUUUACUCGUUAAAAUAUAAAAAUUUUUAGCUUUAGUUCGUUUAUAAACUCGAUAUUUUUUUUUUUCUUCUUUUACUCGUUUAUACUUUGUUAAAUUCGUUCAAUCAAAAAAAAAUAAAAAAAAAAAUGACAAAAAUGGGAAAAUCCAAAGCCUUUCAAGUUGCCAUUGAAGAACUUAGCAAACAACAAAAUGGUCUCAACUCCGUCUAUCGUCCUUCUUCAUUACCAACUUCUUCGGUUUCUUCAACUUCUUCAACAGUUUCUUCUACAAAAAAUCAUAAAUGUAUUCCAGAAAAUUUAGAUUUAGAUUGUGUUUAUAAUCCAAAAUACACUGUAACUGAAUUGAUUAGUACAAGAAGGAAGCCUCGCAAGCAAGUGGUACCUCCGAGACCGCCGAACUCCUACUUUCUGUUCAAGAAUUGUUAUAUGCUUGAACUAAGAAAGUUAGGUUACAGAUACGCAAUGCCAGACAUAUGUCGUCAAAGCAAACAAUUAUGGACCAACAUCUCCGCGGAAGUUAAAGAACGCUAUGAUAUCCUCGCAUUGCAAGCAGUAAUACUUCAUCAAGAAUUAUAUCCCGGUUAUAGAUUUCAGCCAAAGAAAAGACAAAUAUUUAAAUCGCACGUUUUUAGCGAGAAUAGUGUAGUUGUUGAUAGUUCAAUGUUAAAUACUUUUAGUGUAACCAAUUUUCUAGGAGAUACGACGAAUAAUGAUGAUAAUAAUGAUUCAAUAGAAAACUCAACAAAUUUGAUAAAUUCAAAUAACAAUAAUAAUAAUAAUAAUAAUAAUGGUACAGAACAAAAAAUUACACCACAAAUACUUUCACCACAAAUACUUUCACCACAAUUACUUCCAUCUCCCCCACAAUUAGCUUCACCUCAAUUGCUUUCACCCGGGUCUUCUUCAUUAUCAUCAUAUUCAUCAUCUUCAUCGUCACCAAUGCCGGAAUUUGUCGAAUCACCAGAUUUAUUUCCACAAUGUGUAUCAGAAGCUUCUAAUGAAUUACCAUCACCUUUUAAUAAUCCAUUAGAUCUUUUGAUAUAUUUUGAUAAUUAUAACAAUUUUAAUUUAAAUAAUGGAUAUCCCGAAUAUCCACAACAAUUUAUUUCGUACGAGGAUAACCAAAACGCGAUCAAUAAUAACCAACAUUAUUUACUUUAGAAAUAAGAUUUUCGUUAAAAAUUUACGAUAUAGAAAUUUAUAAUACGUCGAAUUUUAAUUUCUUUUUUUUUUUAUGAUUUCUCUUCUUGUUAAUAUAUAGAUUUUUUCAUUUUCUCCCUUUCGAAUUAUAUAUAUAUAUAUAUAUA